CAUCAGCUCCCGCGGUCCCGCCCCCGCCCGCAGAGCCCGGGCGGGAUGGCGGCGGCGCGGGGCCGGGUGCUCUGUCUCUUCGACGUGGACGGGACCCUGACACCGGCUCGGCAGAAAAUCGAGCCGGAGGUGGACGCGUUCCUGCGGGAGCUGCGGGAAAGGGUGCACAUCGGCGUGGUGGGAGGCUCCGACUAUGCCAAGAUAGCCGAGCAGCUGGGGGAAGGGGACGAAGUCAUUGAUAAGUUUGACUACGUCUUCGCGGAGAAUGGCACAGUUCAAUACAAGAAUGGGCAGCUGGUCUCCAAGCAGGCCAUUCAGGACCACUUGGGGGAGGAGCUGCUGCAGGAUCUGAUCAACUUCUGCCUCAACUACAUGGCACUGCUGAAGCUGCCCAAGAAACGAGGGACCUUCAUUGAGUUUCGCAAUGGAAUGUUGAACAUCUCCCCCAUCGGACGGAGCUGCACCCCCGAGGAGCGAAUCGAGUUCUCCGAGCUGGACAAGAAGGAGCGGAUACGGGAGAAGUUUGUGGCAGCCUUGCAGAGGGAGUUUGCUGGUAAAGGCCUGCGUUUCUCUCGAGGUGGCAUGAUCAGCUUUGAUGUCUUCCCAGAGGGCUGGGACAAGCGCUACUGCCUCAAUGUGCUCGACGACGAGAGAUUUGACACCAUCCACUUCUUUGGGAAYGAGACAACCCCUGGAGGGAACGAUUAUGAAAUCUAUGAUGACCCCCGCACUGUAGGACACAGUGUCCAGUCCCCCCAGGACACAGUCCAGCGAUGCCGYGAAAUCUUCUUUCCAGAAAGAGCAAACGAGUGCUGACUGCCAGGUCCCUGCAGCCCUGCCCCAGUCCCACCCUCUUCCCCCACCAGGAAAAGCACCUUCAUGUGAAGAAUCUGCUCAGGGUAGACCAAAAAAACACUUGACAGAGGUGGUCAGGAUGUACCACGUGAGUGUGGGUGURUGGCGGGAGGGGGCCUUGGCUGAGCAGCCCCUCUGCACUCCCUGUGUAUGGCUGGGGGUCAUGGCACCAGACUCUCCUCGCCUCCAGAGAAACUUCUCUCGUGACAGUUCAGCUGUGGUGGGCAGUGAUGCAGAUGCUUUUGUGGUCAGAAAGCAUUUGAAAGGGCCAAAGAGCGUGAAUGUGUCCCUCUCCUCUUCAGUCCUUUUCCACUCGGUUUCUCCUAACACUUGUGCAUGAGGGAACACGUGGCUCACCUUUCUCUCCCCUUUGCACCGUGGCCAGAAAUGCUGGGGCUGCUGAAGCUCGAAAUAUGCACUGGAGCUGCCCCAAGGCAGGAGGCCAGGAAGGCCAUUUGCUCCAAGCCUGUGGUAGGAAGGAGUAGCUGCGAUCCCAGCUUGUCGCACUGCUGUGCUUUCUAAUAAGAGGUCACCACUCCCUUCCCCUCAGUGCCACAGUGUGCUGGUCCCUCCCUACAGAUGAGCUGGGAAUGAUGGUUUUAACAUGACUGGGCUGCUGCUCUGAGCUUUGCUCGGGUACAUGAAGAAAUCAGUUCUUCUUUUAGCUUACAAAAACCCCCUAGGGUUUAUUUUUUAUAUUAUUAUUCUCUGUUUUCAAGUCAGACCUUACCUGGAACAGCUGGAGGAUACUGGCACCUCAUGUGUGCAGAGCAUGCUAUGGAACARUUUGGCAUAGAAGGCUUUCCAGUGGUCUUCCCACUUAUGUCCACUGGGCAUCACAGAAUCACAGAAUGGUUAGGGUUGGAAGGGACUUCUGGCAAUCAUCUAGUCCAACCUUCCUGCCAAGGCAGGGUCACGUAGAGCAGGUGACRUUGGAAUGUGUCCAGUGGGUUUUGAAUGUCUCCAGAGAGGGAAACCCCACGAUUUCCCUGGGCAGCCUGUUCCAGUGCUCUGCCGCCCUCAACGUAAAGAGGUUUUUCCUCACGUCAGGUGGAACCUCGUGAGUUUUAGUUUAUGGCCAUGUCCUGUUAGUGGGCACCACUAAAGACAAUCCAGCAUCAUCCUCUUGGCAUCCACCUUUGAGAUAUUUAAAUACAUUAAUGAGAUCCUCUCUCAGCCUUCUCUAGACUAAACAGGCCCAGCUCCCACAGUCUCCCCUCGUAAGAGAAAUGUAACCUUACCAGGGCAUUCACAACAGACCAAGUCCCCUUCCUUUCCCAGARCUCAGCUUUCCAUCCUGCUGCCAGAGACAUUUUCAGAGGGGGACAACCCUGGCGAUACCCUGGUUCAUACGGCUAAUGGAGGUACCUGCUCAGCAGUGCCCUCCAAGCUUGCAUUUCCACCCCAUCUCAUUGCACACACUCAGUUUACAUGCUCACCUUUAGGGAGACAGGAUGUCCAGUGUAGGUGUUGUAUGUCCUGUUCCUCUCCCUGGAUCUUUGUAGGUUACAAACUCACAUCUUUCCUUCAGCCCUUGAUCUUCUCACUCACAUUGUCCUUUUGUUUCUGGUGGUUGCAUUGGGGUGUGUGGCCACAGUGGUGACACUCAUCACAACUUGGUGCUCAAAAGGAGCUCAGGGAUCCUCUCCAAGGAGAUGUCCUGCUCAUAGCUCCUCAGGGUACACAGAUCUAAUGUUUGUGGACCUGGAGAAAGUUGGAGGUUCCUGCAAACCCUCUCCCCAUUGUUCCCCAGGAACCUUUCUCACCAAUCCUUGAUAGUAUGGCACUGCYGCAUCUCUUGGUCCUGUUUUCUCUCCCCUUUUUAUUCUGUUCCUGCUUUCCUCAUCAUGGCUCUCCAUUCCAACUGGCAGCUGGACUGCAGAGAGAAGUUUCUCAGCUGGCUGCCGCCACCUACACAAGGCAGCASCAUCUUCCUCAGAGAGAGACAGUGGUGCUCUUAGACCCAAGGCUCCCACAUUGCCAGGGCAGUCCCUGGUGGCCCUUGGCACAGCUGCCUGGCCACAGGAGCAGCAAUACUGCAUGACCAGUGUUGGUGGGGUGCUGUCUCCUCCUCCUGACUGCACCUCCUAACUACAACACAUCAGAUCUCUGAUGCAGCACAUUUGCAUGAGUACAGCAGUCUUCCCAGCAUCCAGAGAACCCCAAGAAAUGCAUAAAUUCCUCUUUCUACCCAGAGAAGAUUUCUCUGUGGGAGGAGCUGUUGAAGAAGCCUGUAUGCAGGAUACCCUUUUCACAGGUCAUGGGUUUUGGCCCUCCACUGCAACCUUCAUGGAGGAUUGUGUUUUCUGGUUCCUUCCUCUCUGUUUCACUGUUGAUCAGGUUGUGUGKGGGGAGUUUAUUUUUCCUGUACAUCUACUCAUAGCCAGCAGGACCUCUAGUGAGCUUAGUGAUCAGUGAAGAGCAGGGUCUUGCCGUGAUGCCAUGGGGCACUGGGCUGGCCUUGAGGGGCUGAGGUGACUUGCACCUUUGAAGGGAAAGGUGGACACUACCCGAGGCUGCCCCUGUGGGGCACGGACUCUGCCCGUGCUCAGGAUGGGGGAAGUUUUGGGGCAAGCAGAGCAGAGGCAGAGAUGACCAUUGAGACACCAGCCAUCACUUUCUGCGCUCAGGAGCUUAUCCAUGCACAGGUGGGAUCAAGUUCAGGAACCUUCUCUGCUCCUUUCUCUUUCUUACACCAAGCUUGGGCUAAUUCAGGGCACCUCCCACCUGGAGACCCCUGUCCUGCCAGAGGGAUGAGGAGGAUGGCAUCAAAAGUAUCUGGGGCAGCCCCAGGGUCUCAGAGCCACGGAAUGGUUGAAGUGACCUGUGGAGAUCCUUUCAGAUCUGGUCCCACACCCCUGCUCAAGCAGCGCCCCCGAGAGUCCUGGCUGCCUGUGCUGUGUUGUUGCAGGCAGGGAUGAGGCAUGCUGGGAUGGGAGCCCUACUUCUAGGGGACAGUUCAUGCCUGUCCCUGAGACUGCUUUGCCAUGAUGCUCCUCUCAUGGUGGGUGCCCACAGCAUAAGUGGAGGCUUCUCCCUGGGGUUGUGAGCGAGCAGAUGUGGCAGAUCCUACACCCAGGACUGUCUUGCUGUAGGGAGCCAUAUCAGUGUGAGAUUGGCAGCUCUUGUCUGGCUGGUAACAACUGUUAAAUAAGAAAUAUAUUUAAACACAUGGAUAUGUAUAUUAAAAAAAUUAAAUCCUAUUAAAGCCACAACACGCAUCAGUUAGAGGCGGUGUGUGCUUUGUGCCGGGCUCUGUGGGGUGAAAGGCAGCCAGACAACUUCCAAGUCCCCACAGCAGGGGGGGAUCAGCCCCAGUCCUGAUGACCCCUCCUGGUGAGCAGCAGCUCCUAYCCCAGGCUCACAGUGUGGAGCACCUUCAGCCCCACCCGGGACAUGCAGUGCAGAGGUAGGUGAGUCCAUUCUGAUGUCUGUCCAAAUUCCUGGGUGCUCCAGGGCCUUAACCUGAGAGAGUCACCAGUGUCCUCACUGUGACACACGAGCACAGGACAAAGAGUCAGGAUGGGCAGGGCUCAUGGGAAAGUCACUUUUAAUGGUUUAUUGCCAAUGUUACAAAGGUUGACACAUGGUCAGACAGGCGGAAACCACACCAGAGUUGUAAAAACACCAAUAAGUCUAGGGUUUUAAUUUAUUAAAAAACAAAACAAAAAAAAAAAA